UUCGCCCGCGCAGCUUUCUCUCUUUGUUUCUCUCUCGUCAUCCUGCCGCCUGCUGACUGUUCGUUGUGAAACACAAACGUCACAAUCCACGCGUGAAAAAUCGAAUAUCGCGUUUUUUUUUUUCUAGCUUGAACGCAAAUUUGCAACAAUAAUCGAGGGAGAACGGAGGAGAGAGAGAGAGGUCCACGUGUUAAAAAAAUCAUCUCUGAAGAAACACGCGCGACGCCGUCGUCAAUCGCGAGAGUGACAGCACACACGACGGGAGACGAGAUCUUCGGCUUCGAGGGAACUGGAGAACGUUUGAUGUAGGAGUUUUGCCGAGGAACUAUGACGAGGACGACACACCGAUUUUUCCUGCUACUGCUGGUGCUGCGGACGCUGAUAGGGGUCUGCCAUGGAAUCCAACAAUUUGAAGAAACGCCGCAAUAUACCGAGGUCAAUCCUGGUCAGGACGCGAAGCUGGUGUGUCGGGUUCUCGGAAAGAGAGGACAGUGCAUUUGGCAGAAAGAUCAAAAGCCAAUAGGCAUGCAGUUAAAGAAGUACGAGUGGGUAGGAUCGCCGGACAUCGGCGAUUGCUCGUUGUGGGUUAGAUCAGCCGCGUUAGAGUUCGACGACGGACUUUGGCAGUGCCAAGUGACCGCCAGUGAUUUCACGACGCAGGACGCGUUAGCAUCCGAACCGGCGAGGCUGGUUGUCAGAGUCAGUCCUCAGCGACCGCAGAUAGAGUACGCCGACCGUCUAAUUCUCCCCGGCAGCAACGUGACAGCCCGAGCAGGUGAGAUCGCUACGCUCACUUGCAGAGCGCGGUAUGGGAAUCCUUCGCCUCUAAUUAAAUGGUAUGUUGGUGAGACCGAAGUGAGGACGCUGCGACCUCAAGUAAACUCGACCGAGGUAGAUAAUCCGCGCACUUGGGCGACCUACAGUGUUUGUGAGAUUUUGGCCGAGCGAGCACGUUACGGCCAAGCGAUCAGAUGCGUCGCCAUUCAUCCAGCGUAUCCCAAUCCCACAAUGUCGUCCAGCACCGAAGUAAGAUUCGACGUGCGAUACGCGCCGGAGACGAGACUAGUCGGUGUCCCAACUGGCCAACUGGAAGAAGGCCGCGAUCAGCUCGAAGUCCGGUGCCUCGCCGACGCUAAUCCACCGGCUUCGAUUCUCUGGAGGAAAAGGAAGGGCGAGGGAGUGACGGAAGUGGCCAGUAUCGGAGAGACCCUCAUGUUCUCUCCAAUUUAUCGAAAUCAUGCCGCCGUUUAUCUAUGCGAGGCGUCCAACAUCGAGGGCGAGAGCAGCCCGAUCUCGGUCCAGGUGUCUGUGAACUAUCCACCGACGAUCAACGUAGUCGGACCGGAGCGAUUGACGACUGCGUUACUGUAUUCCGGGGCGUCAUUUGAAUGUCACGCUGACGCCAUGCCGCCGGCCGAGUACAGAUGGGCACAGAUAUUCACGGACGGUCGCAUGCCGUUGGAAUGCGGUACGGGACAGCGAUUGAUCCUGACGAAUGUGACAUACGAGCAACAGGGUCAAUACAUAUGUCUCGCGUCCAACAAGAUCAAUGGCAACAUCAGGGAGGUUAAAAGCGACCCUGUGUCUCUGCAAGUGGUCGGCGCUCCACGGGUGGUGAAGCCGGCCAUCACGGAGAAGUUCGUCGUUGUGACGACGGAAGGUAGCCCGGCCAGAUUAGAGAUCAGACUGUGCUCGGACCCGAAGCCGCGGCUCGUAGCCUGGGAAUGGGGUAGCACCAGACUGCACGCGGGUGAGGUUCUGGAACCGCGGUAUCGCGCGCUCGAUCUGGAGCCGCUGGCUUCGGAGGAUUGUUACUUAGCGAUCUUAGAGUUGACAACCACGGUGAAAGAGGAUCAAAGGCUGUAUCACGUUAUCGUGGAGAACGAUCGCGGCAGUGACAGACGUGUGCUCAUGCUGAGGGUUGACGAACCCGGUCAGAUCCCGCUCGUUAUCGGCGCGGUAGCUGGAUUCACGGUGCUCGCAGUACUGAUAAUGGGAUUCGUUUGUUUCCUACGCUCGGAUAGUAGAUGCUGCGUAGCCAGAAACACAGUACCGACGUUGCAGCAAGUGCAUUGUACAAAGGCUUCUAACGCUAUGAUAGAGGAUCCACGCUUGGCAGUGGAUACGAUGGAACGUACGAGUCAGCAGUUUGUUCCGGAGAAGCGAGCCAAUCAUGUUCUGAAACCCGUCCCGUCGCAGCAAUACCAGCAGGAGUGUUAUCAGCACGAUCCGCAACACCAACAGCAACAUUAUCAGAGGCACCAUCAUCACGGGCAACCUCACGGACAAUAUACGUUGCAGGAAAAAUUCCUUCUACAGGACGAAGAACGGGACACGCUAAAUCGGAUUAAAAAAGGCAAGGAACGAGGAGCGCAAACUUUCCACCUUUUCUCCCGGAAAGACCUCGAAGGUUUUAUAUAUAAAUAAAAAUGUUGUAUUGUGUUCUCCCGAAACAUGUGUUCCAACAUGUGGAGAGAUGUAUAGAACACACACACAUACACACACACACACACACACGUUAUACGCUUUAAUGUAUCAAACACACACUCUACUCUCUGUGUGGGUCGUCCAAAAAUUUGUUUCUCACCGAUAAUGAGAGAGCGCGCCACUUCUCUUUUGUUAUUUUUGCACGCGUACAACUUUAUAAUGACGCGUUAUUGCGCGAUCGUUACACACAAUAUGUUGCUACAUAUAUAUAUAUAUACUAUAUAUAUACAUGCGAUAUUAUACGUGAGACGACAUCAUCCAUUAGAGAUUCGCGCAAGAAGUUUUUAGACGAUCCAACCACGUUAAAUUACAAUACUUAUGCGGCGACACGACGCGACGCGCCGCAAGUAUCGAACGACGAGUUACGUUCUCCGAUCGCGAUAGUCGCUUGAGUGAUUUAUGCGCUCGGUAGGGUGCAUUACGCAUGCAUUUGGUUGCAUUUAGUUUCCCGGGUGUCCCUCCACCAAUUACCGCUAUGUCCUUGUUUGUAAUUUAAUUUAGAUAGAUGUACACACGUAAGUAGAGCGUGUCGAGAGAGUGUGAGAGAUUGAGAGAGAGAGAGAGAGAGAGAGAGAAGAGAGAGAGAGAAGAUAAUACCGCCUGCCCGUAGCGGUUCUCGUUUUCGUCUUGUAUAUCUCUCUCGUCCUUUGUAAAAAAAAAAAAUGUGUCCGAAUCACACAAAACUUGAAUUGAGCGGAAUUCAUUUGCGGUGGAAAUGAAUUAAUAAAUCUCUGAAUUCCCAUCAAUUCUCAAGCGAGUUUCUCGUUUUUCGCACGGGGGAGGGGAAAUAGCUCAUCUCUUUGGUUUUUGUUUUGAUUUCGCCCGCAUACAGAAAGGAGUGUAUUCUCUGCAGCCGCGCGUUCUGCGGGAUUCAAGAACGUAAGACUGAACCGCUCGACCUAGACUGCCGAAUUUACGCUUUAAAGUAGCAGCGCUUGAGACGACGGACGGCCGGUCGCGCAUCGAGAUCAGCCACAAUCCAAUCUUUUCGAGAAAAGAAACACACACUCACAUACACACACAUACACACGCACGCACACGGUUGUCACGAACAAAUAUAGUUGUAAUUAUAAUAAUUGUUAUAACGCGAGGAACACCGUUACACGUUCUGUAACUGUCCCGUUUGUCGGGGGAAAAAAAAAAUUGUUAAUCGCGAUUAGCGGAUAUAACUAACAAACUGCCACUUUUGUUUACGUUGACGUCGUAUAAGGUGUUUCGAAACACAUGAUGAAACAUUGUGAAAGAAACCUUGUCGCAAAAAAAAAAAAAAACAAACAAACAGACCAUACCGAAAAAAGAAUAUUUGUAUAAUAUAAGUAUUAAUUAGUUGAAAGUACGUGCUCAUUACAAUUUAAUGACGAUCUAUUACUGUCUCUCUAUCGCACGCAAUCACACGCGCGCGCGCACACACACACACACACACAUACACUAAGUGCAUAUGUACAUACACAUAUAUUGUACAUAUAUACCAUCACAACCCCCUUGACACGUCAUCGUCCAAUCAAUGAAAGUUCAACAGAGUUAACAGCGAUGUAAUUGCCUACUCGCGACACUGCCAUAAUGAGCUUCUAUAUCGUUGUUACGAGGAGUAAUUUAAACGACUGACGACCGACACAGUGAUUUGAUUUCGCAAUAGUACAAUAUACGAGGAUAAUUUGAAUCGGUUAAAAAAAAAAAAAAAAAAAACAAA